UCUCUUGCUGUCCUUCUGCAUGCAGCUGCAACCACGCCAAAAACAUAUCAAUCGAUCUAACAACCAUGGCGAAGCCUGAAAGCAGGUCGUGCGUGGCCUGGUUUCUAGUACUUGCAAUGGGCUUCACGGCCAUAGUUUCGUCGGAGGCGUACGUUUUCUACGCCGGCGACCAUGACGGAUGGGUCGUCGAUCCUGUCGAGAGCUACAACCACUGGGCCGAGCGCAAUCGGUUCCAGGUCGGAGACACCAUCGUGUUCAACCAUGGCGAGAGCGCGGACAAGGUGGUGCUGCUGGUGAACGAGCCGGACUUCGACACGUGCAACACGCGCAACCCUGUCCGCCGGCUCGACGACCGGGGCGGCCGCUCGGAGUUCCGUUUCGACCGGCCAGGCCCCUUCUUCUUCAUCAGCGGUGACGAGGACCGGUGCCAGAAGGGCAAGAAGCUGUACAUCGUCGUGAUGGCGGUUCGGCCGCAUGCGAAGGCGCCGGCCAUGGCACCGGUGGCUCCCGGGCCGAUGUGGGCGUCGGCGCCGGAGAUCGCUCAGGGCCCCGGUGACGAUGGUGUGUCGCGCACCUCGCAGCAGGCGCCACCGCCAACGGCAGGCGCGACGAGGUUGGUUCUGGGUGGAGUCGUCUUUGGCGCUGCUGCUGCUGUUGGGAUUCUUGGCGCUUUCGUGCUCUGAAAUACCGUGGAGAUCGGAGAGGACACUCGGACCUAUGUACUCCCGUUUUAUUCUCGUAUCAAUAGGGUAGUUCUUCGUGUGAUAUAGGCCCGUGGGACUGUAUGGGAGUAGUGCACAAAAUAAAA